AUGCCUCCAAAAGUUGUUCUCCAGAACCUUCUCAUGUGCAUGGUGUCAUUCUACUCCCUCUACUACAUCGCUGUCAGUCUCUGCAUUGGCCUGCUCAGGGUUCAUGAGAUCGACAGCUUGUUGGCUCCGUUUGAUUACACAACACAACCAUCAUGGCAGAACCCCAAAUACCUGGUCAGUGUUAUUUCCAUGGAGGUCACCUAUAUCCUGGCAGGUCUGGUGUUUGCCUGGAUUGUAGAGGAGUGGGUAUGGGACUACGCCAUAACGGUCACACUAGUGCACAUCGCCAUGACCGUAGCAGUGAUGUCAGACUUCCCUUCUUCUGCCGAACACUGGUGGAUCGCCCUAGGUUCAGGCUUGGUGAUGAUGAUAUUUGGGGGACAGCUCCUAGCAUACCGACUCUUCAGAAGUAACUUUGUUCAUCCAGAAGAGCUGCUAAACUUUUAAUCUGUGAAAGAUAUUCAUGGACAAUAAAAAAUAAGUUUUUAAUUAAUAUCUCAUUCACCGCAGGAAUUGGUUGACAUUAAUUCAGAAUUGUCUGCUAACCAACCGAGUAAGACUUUGCAGGUAAAGUCAAGAACUGUACGUUUUGUAAACAAGGUUUAGUCUCACGAGUCAUGUGUUACUUUUAUGUACAUAUUAUGUAGAUAAAUGAUGUAGAUACAGAUCAAAGAGAGUUGUUCAACCAAACUGUACAGCUUAAAAUAUUAUUUUGUAUAUUUUGUAUUCAAAUAUUACUGACUAGUUCUCAAUUGACAGCUCAAACAUUGCACAAUACCUUUCACAAAAACUUCAUAAACUAUUGCUUAAUAUCUUAAUUCCUAUUCUGUCUAAUUAAUAGUCUAGGCAAUGCAUAGACUAUACAAAAUACAAAUAUAAUACAAAAUUAAUUUAUU